UGAAUGCUCUGCAUGCAGUAACACGCACCUGUUGGUUUGUGAUCCGCGUGGCUGUCUUUCAAAGUCGUCUCCCUUCAAGCCUUUGCUGAGUAAACACUGACAGUCUGCAAUGAUGACGAAAGAGUUGAAAGAAAACACCGACAUUUGGAGGCUGUUUACUCUGCAGAAACAGGCUGGCAUGCUGAUUUUAACUGAGGACAAAAAUACUGUCAAACACAAAGAAGGCCACAUUGAUUGGCCCACCUGUGCAUGCAGACUCAACGUGGAAUCCGACUGAGAUCAGCUAUUCUGGGAUGAAAUGUCGCAAAUAAGUCAGACAACAGCAUCAAAUCUGCCUGAAGGUUUGCCUGUGACUAACCUGACUUUAGUGGUUCUUCUCCUCAUCCCAUGUGUGCUCAUCCUGCUGCUCCUGAACUGUCUGUUUCUGGGCUACAAGAUCCUCCUCCUGUCAAAGACCAGCAGACAGAAGCGAGAGGACGCAGAGAUGCUGCUCCAGUCCACCCUGCAGAGAGUCCGGGGACUUUCUGACCCCCUUUUCUCACCGAUGCACGACGGGAGGAGAGCUUACAUGUCCCUGUCGGAGCCCGUCCUGCCCCAUCCCGUCACCUCUUCCCGGGUUUCUUCCAGAGAGAGGGCCAGCAGGGUGGAGCACAGGAUCCGGCUCCUUAGGCCAGACGGGGCCACCGGGUCAGGGUCCCUGAGGGCGCCGAGCACCAUCCGAGGGGCCGCGUCCUCUGCGGCCGGGUUCACCCCGAGACUGAGCCUGGCCUCCGGGUCUCGGACUCACAGUGGCGGGAAAGCGGCCUGGUGUAAAAGCGCCCCAGUGUUACCGCAGUCCAGCGAUUCAGAGGCUGAGACCAGAGUGAACCUGGUUCCUCCAAACUCUCCUACGGAAGCAGAACAUGAAGGCCAUGUUCGUCGCAGCAGUACUUAUGACAUGCUGACAGAUGUGAGUCCAGGCGUUGUGGUUCACGUGUUUGACAAAGUGGACUUGGAGGGCCAGUUCACCAACCCGCCCUCAGAGGCGUCCUGUCUUCACACAUCUGCAGUGGGUUCUGGGUUGGACAGCGACUUUGGGGCCAGUGCAGGCGUCUCUCUGCGGAUUCUGUCUGCAGACAGUGACGGUCUUUCUAACGGGGUCCAGUCUUCAGCCCUAGAGUGGGAUUAUUACGACCCGUGCUACGUCAAACAGAAUCAUUUACCCAAACACAAACACCACCGGCCGGUGAUGCACACUAAACAGUAUUGGGUGUGAUGAGUAUGAAAAAAGUGGUUUUAAUGUUUAUUUAUUUUAGCAUGAUUAUGCUAUUUAAAUAAUAUGUAUAUGUUUUAUUUAUAGUUUAUUUAUUUAGUUUGUCUCACUGAUGAUCACUGUGACUUUACUCCAGUUUGAACAUUUUGUUAAAAAUGCACUUUGCCACUGAAUUUGUCUAGUCAUAACAUUAAAAAUGCACCUUCACUUUUGUUAACAUGAAUGUUUGAUGCACUUUGUCAUGUUAUUGUUUUAUAGUCACUCUUAUAUGAACAUGAAGGUUCAGCCACUUAUGAUUUUAAUCAGCAAUCACUUGUAUUGUUUGAAAUGUUCUGAAUCACUUUCAGUAUUAAAGUUUUGUUCACUAUUAA